GGGGUCCUGUUGCGGACGCCGCGCGCAAGUGCGCCAUUCAGUGGGCUGUCCGUUAGAGCGCGACGCGAGGUGGCAGUGAGACACCCCUCGGGCGGGGUGCAGCACCAGCGGCGACCCGACCCCGGCGACCGGGCGUGGCCGCCGCUCAACCGCCGACGAUGAUGGCACAGCAGCGGCGCCGGGCCUCGCCGGAGGAGGCGACGCCCAUCUGCCGGUGCCGCGUGCUGUACCUGGGCUCGGCCGUGCCGCACGCCUCCAAGGACGGCCUCCAGGGCAUCCAGGGUCCCCUCGGUCAGCUGUAUCCCAGCGAGGGCUUGGCCGGCGCCAAGGGCAUCGACUCAUGGCUCAGCGUCUGGAGCAACGGCCUCCUGCUGGAGAAUGUUGACGAGCAGCAGAAGAAGGUGACCCGGUUCUUCCCGAUCGAAGCACUGCACUACUGCGCGGCGGUGCGGCACGUUCUGGUGCCGGCCGGCGGCGGACAGCGGCAGCGCGUGGCUCGGUUCCUGCCGCUGGAUGCGCCGUUCGCACGCAGCCCCAACAUCGCGCAUCCGCCCCUCUUCGCUGCCAUCCUCCGCCGCACCACCGGCCUCAAGGUGCUCGAGUGCCACGUGUUCAUGUGCCGCCGCGAGGCGCCGGCCAACGCGCUGGUGCGCUGCUGCUUCCACGUGUACGCGGACGCAGUGCAGGUGCGCCAGCUGGACGGAGGACUGUAUGGCGCCAUUUACGGACCGACGCCGACCGACGGCCCGGCGCCGCAGCGCGAGUGGUCCGAGGAGGAGGCGCGUCUCGACCUGGAGGAGCGCGCCGACGACGCGACCGACGAGCGGCCCGACUCGCACCAGGCGCUUGUCAUCGACGUCGGCGACGGCGGCGGCAUGCCCAACGGUCUGCCCAACGGCCUGCCCAACCACAAGGUGUGGAGCGGCGAGAGGCCGGAGCCAGCCGCCGAGCCCGACCCGCCGGGCUCGCUGUACGGCAUCCCGAUGGGAGGACGAUAG